GUCCCAAGGACGGAAGGAUCCACCCGUGCGCGUUCCUGUCUAGGAAGCUGACCCCGGCAGAGAGGAACUACGACGUGGGAGAUCGGGAACUGGUGGCGGUCAAGACUGCGUUGGAGGAGUGGCGGCACUGGCUGGAGGGCUCGCUCCAAGAACGGCAAGCCGGACGCACUCUCACGGAUCCACGAGGGAGGGCGCAUGGAAUCAGAGGGCGCUAUUAUCCUGCCAGAGGCGUGCUUCGUGUCCGGCUUCACCCGGGCGGUCGAGUCGCGGGUGAAGGAGGCCCUGGGAGAGACUCCGCCACCCGCGGAUUGUCCGUCGGCCCGCCUUUUCGUUGUUCAGUCUCUGCGAGGAGACGUCGUCAACUGGGCCCACACCAACAAGAUGGUCUGCCACCCGGGUAUGGCAAAAACGCGUUCAGUGGUUGAACAGAGGUUCUGGUGGCCCAACCUCAGCAAGAACGUGAAGGACUUCGUCAAUGCCUGUCCGAUAUGCGCGGCUAAUACGUGGAGCCAGCACGUCAAAUGGGUAGAGUACGCCCACAACUCUCUGCCCUUCGCUUCAACAGGUAUGCCUCCACUCCACAUUGUGCACGGCUAUCCCCCCUCUCUGUUUCCCCCCUUGGCCACAGACUCCGCUGUGCCGUCGGCCCUGGCACUGGUGCGGCACUGCAAACGGACCUGGGAGGCGUCCCGGAGGACGCUGCUGCGCAUGGGCAACAUCUACAAGUCCGCAGCAGACCGCAAGAGGAGAGCCGCACCAGAAAUCAGGGUGGGGCAGCGGAUGUGGCUCUCCACUAAGGAUCUUACGCUGCGGAUGGAAUCCCGCAAACUUGCUCCCAGGUGCGUUGGUCCGUUCCCUAUCACCAAAAUCAUUAACCCGGUCGCUGUAUCACUUAGACUACCCAGGUCGAUGAAGGUGGAGCCUACAUUCCACAUUGGCAGACUACGCCCAGAUCGUCCAUCGCCUCCGGCUAAACCCCCCCCACAUGGUGAACGGCGGGCCGGUGUACACAGUGCCCCGGUUGCUGUCUUCCCGCCGCAGAAGCAGGGGGUUCCAGUACCUGGUGGAUUUGGAGGGAUACGGACCGGAGGUGCACUCUUGGAUCCCCUCGCCCUUCAUUGAGGACUUCUAUGCAGCCCAUUCAGACGCUCCUGGGCUGUCGGGAGCCAGCCGUUGGGGGGGGGUACUGUCAUGCUCCUGGCAUCCUCCCCAGGCUGGGUGUGGUCAGCCAAUUCGUCAGCACACACCUGCACCCUGGUUUGGCUGAGUACACCCGGUACUUAUAGGACACGGGGGACAACUAGUCCGCCGCCAGAUCGUUGAGCUUCAUGUCCCGUUCCAGCACUCUCGUAUCCCUGAACGACAACCUGUGUGUACCGACUCAACCUGUAAGCCUGAUUCCCUUGGCACUUCUGCCUGCUUUGAACAUUCUCCUGUAUACCUGACCUGCCAUGUACUGACCCUCACCUGUUCCCGGACAAUGCAAGUAAGCCUGCCUCUUCUGCUACUGCUGCUCUUACGGAC